UCACGCAUCAUAAAUCCCUCCCCAGUGCAUCUUCAAAGUGUGAAGUGUCCUAUUCCUUCGGGAGGCUAGGAAUUCAGGUGAAAAGCCAGGGCGAUGGUCCUCACUUAAGACUUUCAUCACAGAUAAUUAUAUUUAUCGCGUUAAAGUGUUGUUUGUAAUUUUAAACGUAGUUCAAUUGUUUCCACUCUUAUUGAUGCCAAGCAGAGGUAAAUAAAGGGACGGAUGGUAGGAGCCUUGAGUCUGCCAAUCACAGACGAGAGGUUCAAGUGAUAUGGACCAUCGCUGUCAACAGCAUCUGUAUCUGUAGAUAGCGAGUCUAUUUGGGUGAACAUGACAGAAACAGUCGCCCCAGAUUCACCCAACAAUAGCCUGGUAGAGCUAGUAUCCGACCCCCGGGCCAAGAAUCGGAAGCUGAAGUGGUUCAGUAAGAAAAGGCUGAUGGGAAAACGCGUGUUCUCUGAGAUUUAUAAAGAUACAGGGAUGGACGGUAUGAGGGGUAGCACCAGGGACGGCACCGUGAUACCCCAGGGCACCGUCUGUUUUAUGAGUGAAAACCCGUACAGAAUCUGUAAGGUUGCAGCCGCUGGAAAUGUUACAGAGCUACAACAAAUCAUAAACAAUGAUCCGUCACGCAUCAAUGCCCAAGACACCCGUGGCUGGUCCCCCAUUCACCAUGCCGCUUCCCGCGGUUUUACUGACGUCAUCAGCUAUAUAUCGUCACAAGGAGGAGAUAUAAACCUUCAAGACAGAGAGGGAAACACGCCAUUACAUGUCGCUGUAGAGAAGGGGCAGCAGGACGCCAUAGAAAAGCUGAUUGAUCUAGGAGCGGACACGUCCAUACUUAACUUCGCCAAAAUGGCGCCCGUCCAUCUGGCUGUCGACCUGGGGCUCCUAGAACCACUGCGUACAAUUCUGAUCAAAGAUAAAACCAGCGCCAUACUUCCGGGAGAGACUGGCGCCACGCCCCUCCACUAUUGCGCUUACAAGGACAGAGACGAGUGUGCCAAACUACUGCUUGAGCAUGGCGCCAAGCCGUGUAAGAGUUGUGAUGACGGGUUCUACCCGAUCCACGCAGCAGCUACCAGGGCGUCGGACAAAACGUUGGAAGUCCUCAUCAAACAUGUUGAACGUUUGGGGUACACCCGUGAGGUGGUGCUGUCCUUCACAGAUAAGUACAACAACACUCCUCUCCACUCCGCCGUCAGCAGCGGCGACCCAGAGGCUGUAAGAGUUUGUCUCAAUGCUGGAGCUGCUUUGGACGUGCAACAGGAAGAUAAAUCUACGGCUCUUCACUUCGCCUGUGCCCAGGGUGGGCUCAGCAUCAUCCAUAUGAUGCGUCAACUACAGCCCGAGAAGUUCAUGACUGCCAGCAAGAAAACCGACAUUCUAAAAAUGACGCCAUUACACAGGGCAGCGCUCUUCAAUCACGUGAACGUUGUCAAGUUUCUGAUUGAUGAGGGUGUGGAGGUAAAUGCCGUCGAUAGCCAGAAGAGGACGCCAUUGUUGUUGGCCGCGUCAAAAGGAGCCUGGAAGACCGUGCACCUGUUGUUAGAAAGUGGCGCGGACAUCUCCCUCAAAGACAACAAAAACAGGAACUUCCUCCAUCUUGCCAUAAAAUAUGGUGGAAAACUUAAUCAAUUUGGUGUGCAGAGCAUCAAGCACUUUAAGAAUCUUCUGAACGAGAAGGACGACUACGGCUGUACACCGCUCCACUACGCCUCACGGGAGGGUUAUCUUGUGGCCCUGGACGACCUGAUAGAACUAGGGGCCAUCGUCAACCCCAAAAACAAGGACAAACAGUCCCCCUUACAUUUCGCCGCACGAUACGGCCGUUACAACACUUGCCGCCGACUGUUGGACAGUAAACUGGGCCCCAAUAUCAUCAACGAGUCGGACUGUGACGGAUUUACGGCGCUCCACCUAGCGGCGUUAAACGGAAACGUCAAGAUCAUCAACCUGCUGAUGCAGAAAGGCGCACGCGUCACACGGGCUCAUGAUGACAACUCGCCUAUCCAUAUGGCUGCCCUUAAUGGCUAUACAAAAUGCAUCCGAGCGCUUCUUGGUGUCCAUGCCAACAUUCUUGACGUCAAAAACAAAAAUGGGGACACAGCUUUGCAUCUAGCUUCACGUGCAGGACAGCCCAAAGUGGUCGAUCUUCUGCUCUCGCUUGGCGCCAAAAUCAGUUUGAAUAUAGAAGACAAAAGUUUCAUGGAUAUUGCGAUAGAGAAUCGCAAGGCUGCCGUAGCACUGACGUCUGUCAAACAUGAGAGGUGGAGUGAAAUUUUACAUACCUGUUCCAAAACGUUUGGCUGCCCCAUGCAUGGCCUGAUUCAACAUCUUCCAGACGUUUGUAUGACAGUCCUUGAUCGCUGUGUCACCAAUGUAGGGAAUCCACAUAAAAAGGACUACUAUAUUGAGUACAACUUUGAGUAUCUGCAAUGUCCAGUACGAUUUGUCCGGGAGGCGAAUAAGAAUGGGGGCGACAUACAACCUAUGUUUGCCCUCAAUAUGAUGGUCCGCCAUGGAAGAGUGGAGUGCCUGUCUCAUAAACUCUGUCGUACCUACCUUACCAUGAAAUGGCGAGCCUAUGGUAUGUGGGUGCACUCAGUGAAUCUCGUGCUGUACAUUGUCUAUCUCGCCCUGCUGACAUUGCUGGCCACCAAAGACUUCACGUCACACACGCCGCUCCCCAACAAUUCUACUCUGAAUUCAACGCAAAUCACAGGAACCAAAUCUGAUGAAAUGACCACGUGGUACCGGAUGAUCACGGGGCUGGUGUUCGUUCUGACGUCAAUCAACAUCCUCAAGGAGCUGGUCCAGAUGGUGCAACAGCGGCUGCGGUACUUCCUGGACCCCAAUAACUUGGUGGAGUGGGUGCUGUACGUGUCGACGGCCGUCUUUAUCGCCCCCGUGCUCUUCAAUGACUCGGGCUGCCUCAACAUGGAGGCCGGGGCGGUAGCUGUGUUCCUGGCCUGGUUCAACUGUCUCCUGUUCCUGCAAAGGUUUGACGUGUUCGGGAUUUACGUGGUGAUGUUUCUAGAGAUCCUGGCCACAUUGUUCCAGGCGCUCUGUGUCUUCUCCAUUCUCCUGGUUGCUUUCGGGCUCGCCUUCUCCAUUUUGCUGAGACACGAGGACAGCCACGCCUACUCCACGCCCCUGAUGUCCAUCGUGCGGGCGACGGUUAUGAUGCUGGAACUGGACUACAUGUCGUCCUUCAAUGAGCCCUACUUUGACGACAAGCCCAGCACGCUGCCCUACCCCUCCCUCACCGUCUUCUUCAUACUCCUCUUCGUUCUCCUGAUGCCCAUCCUCCUGGUCAACCUACUGAUCGGUUUGGCAGUUGGAGACAUAGAAUCAGUGCUAAGGAACGCAACUCUGAAACGCCUUGCCAUGCAGGUGGAGUUGCACACGGAACUGGAGCGCCGUCUGCCGGCCAAACUUCUGGAGAAAGUGGACAAAAUAAAGCACAAGGAGUAUCCGAACAAGUGCGGGAAAUACGUCAGGGUGUUUAAGAACCUGAUGGAGAAGGAUGCCGACAGUAGCUCGGUGUGUGGGGGCGAGGAGGCCAGCUACGUCAAAACGGAACUCUUCAAGCAGAAAACCAGGUUGAAAGAACUUUCUGUGAAUAUGGAGCGAAAUUAUGACAUGCUGAAACUGAUAGUUCAGAAAAUGGAAAUAGAAACAGAAGCAGACAACCAUGAUGAAGGCUUUCACACAUCACACAGUCUCGAUGACGUCAUCAAUCCCACCUGCUCCAAAUGGAACUCGGACGUCCUAAGAAAGAACCUGAUUCGACAGAAUGCAGUCAUCUCUAAAUGGAAAGAACAUUCUCAACACUCCAAUAUACAGAGUACCUUUGAUUGCUGAGUUAGAUUUUGAUGGAGUUCAGAUGACAUUUUGGCUGAUGAAUCUCUUACAUGUAUCUCAACAUUGUUAUCAAUUUUGAUCAAGAACAAAUCCCCAUGUGUUUCAUGUUAGACAUUCGUGAGUUCAGUCUCCAGUAUUGUAAAGAGUCAAACUGUUUGUUGUUGAACAAAAAUGUCGUAUUUGGUCUUAUUGAUGCAAGUUGAUUGUUCAUUGGUUUCCAACUUCAUUUUAAGGUAGAACCUAUGUCGCUAUAUAUCUUCUGAGAAUAACUACCGAUGGAUGUGAAGCAAUUUGAAAUGACUGGUUUACAUUUUUAAACAAAUUAUUCUUACUAACUAAAUGAAAACUUGCAUUUCUUAAUAUAUAGUUUAGUGUUUUCGCCUAAGUUCGUUGUACAGUUCUCUUUAUGGCAAAGUUUCUGUUGUGACAAAAGUCCUUCCAUUACUGUAUGUAUGGAAUAAAGAACGUUUUUAAGCCAUUUAAAUUCUCACUGUAUACUGUUGAUUGUGAACUGGGAAUUAAAAAUAAAAGAAGUGAAACAAUAAUGAAUAUUUAUUAGUGUUGAAAUGAAAAAAAUAAGUAUACAAUCAAAAUCUGUGGAAUCAAUGGAAUUCAUAGUGACUCAAUUUUAUUUGAUUUCAUAGUACCUUCUGUCGGCUGCAAAUUGCAUUCUAUAUACGUACGCAACAAACCUUAAAGCACAGUUUAUUUAUUAAUCAUUAUGCAAAUUCAUAAAAUAACGUAAAUUCCUGUGCAAAAAUUUGCAUCGAGAAAACUGGUUACUGUAAAUUCCUAAUUAAACGCGAUGAAUUAAUAUCCGCGUAAAAUCGCGAGAAGCCCGUCUCGCGAAUUUUAAAAUCUCGCUUUUAAUUUUCAGACAUAUGUAAACUACAUGAAACUAUGAUAAAAUUUCGGCAUUCGCGAUUUGAUGGAAAACCGUUGAAUCGCGGAAUUAAGUACUCGCGUAAAAUAAGGAAUCUACAGUA